AAAUACUUUAAAUAGAAGGGAGAAAGAUGAACUACAAAAUGAGCAAGUCUAUAAGUUGGUUGAACAAAAGGCUUUUGGGCAAAGGAACUCUCUCUGCUUCUGUCUGCAAAAUCCAACAGAUCUCAUAACUUCUCGAAUUGUCUUUAUCGUCACCAUCCUCCACUCAGCUGAAACAGAGAGAAAGAGAAUGAUUGGCGGGGGAGGGAGGAAGAAUGCCGGCGGUCGAGCAGUUUCGCCAUUUCUGUUGGUGCUCAUUUCCUUGGGGUUCUUCUUCGCCACUUACAAUCUAGUGACACUCCUCAUCCACCAACGACCAUCCGCCUCCAGCGGCCACGGCGGCGACUUGUCCUCCACUGUGCGCCGCAGUGGUAACCCCAAGUUCCACGUUGCUCUCACGGCCACUGAUGCUCCGUACAGCAAGUGGCAAUGCCGGAUCAUGUACUAUUGGUACAAGAAGAUGAAGGACUUACCUGGGUCUGAUAUGGGAGGUUUUACCCGCGUUUUGCACUCGGGUCGCCCCGAUAACCUCAUGGAAGAGAUCCCUACCUCAGUUGUUGAUCCCCUUCCCGAAGGCAUCGAUCGGGGUUACAUUGUACUAAACCGACCAUGGGCCUUUGUUCAAUGGCUGGAGAAAGCAGUGAUUGAGGAAGAAUACAUUCUAAUGGCAGAACCUGAUCACAUAUUUGCAAACCCAUUGCCAAAUUUGGCCUUGGAAGGGCAGCCAGCUGCAUUCCCCUUCUUUUAUAUCAAACCUUCAGAGAAUGAGAAAAUUAUAAGAAAAUUCUAUCCAGAGGAAAGAGGCCCUGUAUCUAAUGUUGAUCCUAUUGGCAAUUCUCCUGUAAUAAUAAAAAAGUCAGUUCUGGAAAAAAUUGCUCCAACAUGGAUGAAUGUUUCUUUGAGGAUGAAAGAUGAUACUGAAACUGAUAAGGCGUUUGGAUGGGUUCUAGAAAUGUAUGGCUAUGCAGUAGCAUCUGCUUUGCAUGGUGUAAGGCAUACUCUUCAUAAAGACUUCAUGCUGCAGCCUCCCUGGGACACUGAGGUUGGCAAAAAGUUCAUCAUUCACUAUACGUAUGGUUGUGAUUACAAUAUGAAGGGAGAACUGACAUAUGGAAAGAUUGGAGAAUGGAGAUUCGACAAAAGAUCCUAUCUUCAAGGCCCUCCACCGCGGAACCUUCCUCUUCCUCCUCCAGGGGUUCCUGAAAGUGUGGUGAGACUGGUGAAGAUGGUGAACGAAGCAACUGAAAAUAUUCCCGGAUGGGACACAAACUAAAACAAUACCUCCAACUGGGAGAGAGCCGUUAACCUCAUUGCCUGUGCACAACAUUACUCAUUCUCACGGCUAGGGAUUUUCAGACACAGUGAGUUUGGACAGAGUACAUUAAUGAAUCUAACAAAUUAUGUGGAAAAUAUAUCAUGAGCAGUCAAAAUCAGUCCGAUUUCUUGCUCUCUUGCUUUGGCUACCCCAUGGUAACCAUUCUAAUGCUCAAGAGCGUAUCCAACAUUCUUUUGUAGAAAUCUGAUCAUUGGUUUUAGAGUUCUAUUUCAUUGUAACUUUGAUGAUCACUAACUUACUUUGAAACAAUGUCAUUAUCUCAUACUAAAGUUACACCGUAAUCUCAUUAUUAUAUUGAACAUAUUCUUUUUUGCAUUUGAUUAUCACAUCACUUUUAAAUGAUACGCAGUAUAUUGUAUUUCAAUAUUUAUUUCAAUCACC